AUGGCGACGACUACAGAGGAGACGGCUGCGGCCGGCUCGAAGCCAUUUGACAUCGUUGCGACAUACAAUGAGCUCCUACACUCCGACCCCGACAUCACCAUGCCUAUCGCUGCUAUUGAAGCGCUCGUGCAUGUCCUCACACACUCACCCUCCUCGACGAUCUCCGAAACUCUCGAUCUCCUAGAAAAAUCCACUGCCCACCUGAAACGGUCGAUUCCCAACCCCAUCGGUUUGUCGGCCGGCACAGAUCUCUUCCAGCGCUAUCUCAUUACCACAUUACAACGGCCGGGCCAACUGGGCCCUGCUGGGGACUUCAAGGCCAUUCGCACACAUCUUCUGUCAAAUGGUCGAUUAUUCAUCCGACGUGCGAAGGAGAGCCGACAGAAAAUCGCUGCGUUCGGCCGCGGCUUCAUUCGCGAUGGCUGCACGGUACUCACUAAUGGUGGUUCCAGAGCAGUAGCAUCGCUACUUCAGAAAGCGGCGGACGAGGAGGGUGGUCCAUCUGCAGUGCGCUUCCGGGUGAUCUACGUCUUGUCUUCAAUCAGUCAGAACAUCGAGGAGCCAUCUGGAGAGCCCGAGGGUAUGGAGACGGUACGCGCUCUGCGUGCCAAGGGUGUACCGGUUUCCACCAUCCCGGAGUCGGCGGUGGCCUAUGCCCUUGGAAAGGCUGACAUGGUCAUUGUUGGCGCUGAGGGUGUCGUGGAGAAUGGAGGAAUUGUGUCCCGUAUGGGCACUUAUCAAAUCGGCUUGCUUGCCAAGGCGAUUGGCAAGCCGUUCUAUGUGGUGGCCGAGAGCCACAAAUUCGUCCGUCUCUUCCCGCUGGGCCAGUACGACCUGCCAAUUGAACAGCACGUCGUCGACUUCAAGUCUGCGGAUGAUAUUGCUGAAGAGAAAAAGAGGAAGCAGAACUUGUCGGCGGACGCUAAUGGCGACAAGCCGAUCGAGCUGCCUCUCUCUGACUCGGUCGAUUUCACACCACCACACUUGAUCUCUGCGCUGAUCACCGAUAGCGGUGUCUUGACUCCCAGUGCUGUCAGCGAGGAGCUGAUCAAGAUCUGGUUCUAA